GCUAAUGUCGAAAGUUAUGUUUGGAAGCUUCUGUGGUAGUUUUUUUGUACUGAUUUUGACGGACCAAAUUAAACAUAAUCUAAGCAAGGCUGUAACUUUGGUUCAAUGUAGCGAGUAUUGUAGUUUUAUUGUUACAAACGUCUCAGUAUUCUACAAUUCCCGUAUGUGUGUGUAUGUGUAGUCUCAUCAAAGAUACAUUCAUGGAUCAUGAACAUUCUUAGUUUCCACAAAAAGAUUAUCUCAGGUUAACCACACCUUCAGCUACCAAACAUCAGCUCUAUGGCCCAAGAAUUGUGGAUGAAUCCAACAUGUUCUCUCUUAAAUGAGUAUUGGUCCUUAAGAAGCAGUUAAUGCUGAUGGUGUUAACCAAGUAGUGAUAUAUUAUCACUUCUAUUCAUAAUAGUUUCCCCAAUAGAAAAUUCUUCAUUUCAAGGCCCCAUGAAUCUCCCAUUUUUAGUUCCUCAAUGAGUCUGCUUUUUAUUUGGGGAGGUAUUGCUUUCAGUCACCUCAAUCUUGUUUGAUUAUAUUAGGAGAGUGGUAAGUUUCUUAUCCCUACAAAAUCGAAUUUGCUAUUUUUUUUAUUGCUACGUUGAGGAACCCAUACUCGGCAUUCUUUGUUUGGGAUGCAUCAGAGGGAUUGUAGAACAGAAUACGUACAGUUCCUCUACACGGAGCGGAUUUGACAUUUGAAAGCAAUAAUAUAACUUCCUGUCAUGGACUUUACGCACAGGGCUGGGCUGAUCCAAUGUUCGAAAAUUCGAACCUAUCCUCUCCCAGAAUUUUCACGCAGAGGGGUUUUUGAAUUCGAAAACACGGGAAUAAAUGACUGAACUACCAUCAAUUGCGCACACUUGUCACCGUCGAUUUUUUUAUAUACCUCGUAACUAAGGUUUUUAAAUUGUUUUUUAUUUUUUGUUUUCAUUUUAGGUUUCGAAAAAAUUCUAUUGGGUUUAGCCCACCAUACUUUGCAUCGAGGUCAGCGCAGCCUGCUUUGCAUCUGUUAAGCAACAGUUGUAUCCAACAGAAUCUUUAAAAAAACUCACUCGCAUUCAAUUUUUUACAUCCGGUUCCAUUUAUUUCUAUACACAGAUGUGCCACCUACGAAAAAAAAAGAUUAAAAUGUAAUGACUUCUCUAAUAAAGACUGGUUCACUUUCCACAGAAAGCCAAACAACGUUUGACGCUCCCGCGAGAAGGUCCAAAAAUGAAGUUAGCCAUUGCAUUGGAAGCCCAAACUAUUACGUCUACAACGCCCAAAUUAACAACCCUCAAAACAACUAGGACGACUAACGAUCAACGGACGACUACUAAAUCAACAACCCCCAAAACAACCAGGACAACUAAAUUAACAACGUCAAAAUCAACAACCCCCAAAACAACUAGGACGACUAAAUCAACAACCUCCAAAACAACAGUAAAAACCACAACCGGCAAGACGACGCUUAAGCAAAGCACUUCAACGACAACCAAAAAGCCUGUUACCACAACUGCUUUGACUGUUAAAUCCUAUAAAGUUUGCCGUGACACAUCUUCAACAGCGACCAGUGGAUCCAUCCAGCCCUUAGAUGGUCUAACACCGUUGACAACGGUACCACCGAAAACGUGCAGCUUUUCCAUCACCUACUGAUCAACAUGUUCAGAUGUCUUGUUCGGUCGCCAAUCUAACUUUCUUCACAACUUACGCCGAAAUUUCCUCAUAUUCAAGUUCAUUGAUCUUCGACGGAAUCCUAGACGUUGAGCUAUCGAACAUAAUCCUACCAAACAAGGUUUAUGCUUCAUAUAACAAUACAAUGACUGUAACUUAUCGAGUUGUCAAUGCAUCAGAUAACUUUGAUUGUAGUUGGACAACAUUUCGGGAGCCCACGACAACAACCGAUUAUAAAUGGUGUCGUGAUGGUAAGACCACAGCAGCCAAUGGAUCCAUUCAAACUAUGCGUGAACCAAUAGGAAAUGAUAUAAUCCCAGUUAGAGUUUGUCCCUUUGUCAUCAAUUCAUCAUCCAACAGUCAAGUACAGAUGUCUUGCGCGUCCCAAACUUCUUGGGAAUUUAGGCUAUUUACAUUUGACAUCUUCGAAAACUUUUAUAACUUUCGACCUAAAUAUUAUAAGACGACAUCAAAUGGAAAUGAAAUAGAAAUACUGCUGAGCCGCGUCGUUACCGAUGCAGGCUUUCCAAUUGAUUGUAAAUGGACGACGACAGCAGCCAGCGUAACGGUGAAAGACUUCAACUACUGCGUUCACGUACAAUCAACGGCUUCAAACGGUGUCAUUACACCAUUAACUAAUGCGACCGACUCAAACAUAUGUUUGUUCUCUAUUAUUGUUCCCCUCUGUCAGCACAUUCAGAUAUCUUGUACGGUCGUCAACCUCACCGAAGGCAGCUACAUUUGGCUGGGUGGGAUCAAUGAACUUGAAAGGAGUGGUGUCCCAUCACCUGACAAGGUUUACACGUCAACAGGCAAUCAAGUAGACGUUAUAUCGACGUAUGUAAACCAAGAAGAUUGGUUUCAAUGUAAUUGGACGACUAUAACCAACGACGACUGAUUUCAAACUGUGCCUAGAUGGAGAGACAACAGAAGACCGCGGGACAAUUCAACCAUUUAAUAGUAGGCGUAAUGUAGCGGAAGGACAAAGUAGUUGUCGCUUUACUAUAACUGCACCUAUGAGUAAGCGUAUUCAAAUGACUUGCCUGACCAACGACGACUCAAGCCCUGAUUAUUGGCUGUCGUAAGUUCUUAAUUAUAAGAUGACUGCUGCCCGAUCUACAAACCUACAAGUGCUACCCAGUCAUGGUGAAAGGCCGGCAACCAAUCCGGAAGACGGCAACAACAAGUCAUCAUAGAGAUCGACUGAAACGAAUGCAACAGCGUGUGAAAGAGGAACGGCUAAGAUGGAGACCGUGCCGAGCUAUAUAUUGCGCACAUCUUUCCCCGAAAAUUGUUCUAAGAUGAGUUGUGCCGACUGCAGUGUCCUGCUCGAGUGACCAGCUAUAAAUCCUAAGUAGCUGACCAAGCAUAUUGACUAAAAAUCGUUCUGACGGCAAAGUUCGCCCUGGAAGAGUUACGGAAUCAUCUCCAACACGUCGGCAGAUUAAAGAAAAGGCUCUUCUUAUGACCCAACGACACCUUCAUCCUUUGCCCUCACUGCUCCCACUCUAUCUCCUUGAGAGACAAGUCAAGGAACUUGUUCGCUUAGAUUCUCCCCAUUAAUUGCCCCAACCCUUGUUGAUCAAGGAAUGGGUUCUGAGUGAAGUUCGUCGUAGGAUUGCUUUCCUCCCAUAGAAACUGUUGAGCUCCUGAGAGGAUCUCUUGAAGAGAAGCCCCAGCAUCAAGACAAAGGAAGUGAGAGGUGCCGUCACUUUGGUAUUCGGUCAUUUGGUUUGCGUCAGCUGCGUGGUAAAAUGCGUCCCUGCAAGACUGACACCAACAACCCAUCCCCAAGAAAGUCUACCUGCAGGAGGAAAGGCCAGUUUGCAUUUCCUUCACUAUCGAAGGUCACGUAGAUCAUUACGAAAAACGUGUCAUAAAUUGUGUAGAGGUUGGGUGAGAAAGGGACGUGUUUCAUAAUUAUCAAGCAGGUACAACAGCCGCAAGGCUUAAGAGGUGGAGGGAGGAAAAAUAUUGUAUAAAAGGAGAGAGAAAAGGCUACAGAAAUCAGUCGAGUGUGCAUCUCUGACACGUCAACAUCUGUUGCAGCGCACUACUUGUUACCAAUUGCCUUCUUCAUCGUGUUACCAGUUCCCAAUCAUGGGCGUCAUGCUGCUGUUGGGUGUUGUACCAUUGAUGGCUGGUUACUGUUCCCCUGGCGAGAUAUCGGGUCCCUUUUAUAAAGCAUUAACGAAGAAAUCAGUCGAGUGAUCAUCACACGGCAACAACUGCUUUUUUUGUCGUAUUUAAACAAUUCGCAAUCAUAGUUAACUAAGAUGUCGUGCUGCUGUUGUGUGUUGUAUCUUUCUUGGCUGGGACGACCGCUGGUGUACCGACGUCUCCUGGGUAUGACGGAUACCAAGCCGCAACGCCGUUGUCUUACUACAAAUCAACAUCAACGCACCGACGCCCCAAGUACUACACUGAGAUGGCCGAAUGUUCACCAACUGCGUUCUUCGUCGUAUUACUAGUUUUCUAUCAUGGUAAACUAUUCCGUCGUGCUGCUGUUGGCUGUCGUAUCGUUGAUGGCUGGCGUAUCGUUGAUGGCUGGGUCGACCACUGGUGUACCGAUGUGUUGUGGGUAUGGUGGAUACCAAACAGCAACGCCGCUGUCUUACUACACAACAACAACAUACAAAACAACCGCAUACUACACCACUAUUCACCAGAGUAUAACCCACAACUUAUGAUGCCUCGAACUACUACACCAAAGCCCCAAAAUAUAACUCUGCCCAGAGUUACACCACGGAGGCAGCGGAGUACUACACCACGGAGGCAGCGGAGUACUACACCACGGAGGCAGCGGAGUACUACACCACGGAGGCAGCGGAGUACUACACCACGGAGGCAGCGGAGUACUACACCACGGAGGCAGCGGAGUACUACACCACGGAGGAUGCUGCCCCAGCCUUUUCUACCGAGGCUCCCAAGUACUACACCACCAAGGCACCCGAGUACUACACCAUAAACUACGCUUCCGCAAUUUGUUCCUUGGAGGUUUCUAAAUGCUAGAGCCGAAAUUUCUAUUUGAUUUUUUUUAUAUUGGUCGGUCGUCUUCAUGGUCAUUGGUCACUGGGAAUUAAUUGUUGAUCUUAGAUCAGAAAAUAAAAAUUCUAAUGCUGGUAA